AUGAAUGGAUCAUAUGAUCAAGAGAUCAUUCGGCAAGCGAGCCGGACAAUACGGAGUAAAGAUGAAGAGAUAUAUCUUGGUCGGGUCGGGAAAUGGGAGUUGAUUGUUUUGAUUUCGCCUCCGAUCUGCCGCCGCCUUGUUCGUCGGACCAAAGUCGUCAUUUUCCUCGUUACAGCGGCAUACCGUGCGCACUGCUUACGGAGGUACAGUACUGUGCCCAUCCUUCUGAGUUCUGACCCUCCGAACCUCCUCCUCCUCGUCCUCGUCCUCGUCCUCGACCACGACCUCACCGUCGCCGUCGUUCCUUCUGCUGUCGCGGGUCCCGGAAUAUCCUUCCCCGGAAGCAACACAAUCCCCCCUCCCCCCACCACCAACCACCACGAAUCCAAGGUUGCCAGCAGAGCGACCUCCCAUUGCUGCAGCGGACAGCAACCCACAGCAACCCACUCCGAGCUCCGCACUACGAUGACCUCGACAUCUCCCAUUGCCGUUGGUCAAUAUGGAAAUGCGCGUCGACCCGCCGUGCAAGGCGUCGCGAAGAUCCUCCUGCUCGUCCUGGCCCAGAUCUCCCACGCCUCGGCCGCGCCACUGAAGCAGUUCUUGGGGCUGGCGAAGAACGACGAGCCCGCGGGCGAUGCGGAGGAUGCGAAUAUGUGGCUCUACCUGGCCGUGGCUGCGGUGCUGGUCCUGCUCGGUGGUGCGUUUGCUGGACUGACGAUUGCCUUGAUGGGACAGGAUGGGGUCUACCUGCAGGUGAUUGCUACCUCUGGCGAGGGCAAGGAGCAGAGACAUGCGCAGAAGGUCUAUCAUCUGCUGCAGAAGGGGAAACAUUGGGUUCUGGUUACGCUGCUUCUGAGCAAUGUCAUUGUCAACGAGACGUUGCCCAUUAUCCUCGAUCGGUCGCUGGGAGGCGGGUGGCCCGCGGUCCUCGGCAGCACCGUGUUGAUUGUCAUCUUCGGUGAAGUGAUCCCCCAGUCUGUCUGCGUGCGAUACGGUCUCUCGAUUGGAGCGUACAUGGCUCCUCCAGUGCUCUGCUUGAUGUGGCUUAUGGCACCGAUAGCAUGGCCUAUGGCGAAAUUGCUCGACUACCUAUUGGGAGAGGAUCAUGGAACGGUUUACAAGAAGUCAGGAUUAAAGACGUUAGUCACACUGCACAAGACCUUGGGGUCGAGCCCCACGGAACGACUGAACCAAGAUGAGGUUACGAUCAUCAGCGCGGUGUUGGACCUGAAGGACAAGGCCGUUGGAGACAUUAUGACGCCCAUGCAGGAUGUGUUCACCAUGUCGGCGGAUACCGUUCUCGACGAGGAUACUAUGAAUACGAUACUCAGCGCUGGAUACUCCAGGAUCCCCAUUUACGAGCCGAGCAACCAGCAGAACUUUGUUGGUAUGCUUCUGGUCAAGAUCUUGAUCACCUACGAUCCCGAAGACUGCAAGAAGGUCAGCGAAUUUGCACUGGCCACCCUCCCAGAAACGCGACCGGAAACGAGCUGCCUGGAUAUCGUCAACUUCUUCCAAGAAGGAAAGUCGCACAUGGUCCUGGUAUCAGAGUUUCCCGGCGAGAAUUACGGCGCCAUCGGAGUCGUUACCCUGGAGGAUGUCAUUGAAGAAUUGAUUGGAGAGGAAAUCAUUGACGAAUCGGAUGUCUACAUUGACGUGCACAAAGCCAUUCGACGGAUGGCACCGGCACCCAAAGCACGUGCUCAUCGAGGCAAUAGCAUUACGGAACAACCCAUGGUGCAUAUGCCCGAGAAUCAACUCAUCAAUCUUGCAGAGGAGCAGGAACCAACGGCCAAGAAGAUCGCUUCCGCCGACGAUCAAUUGCAGAGCCCAGCGAAUCUUGGAACCAGCCCAAAGACAACUUUCAUCCGACGAAGCUCGAGUGGAUUAGAUGGGAACACGGUCGCGGUCAGAGGUAACAUGAAUGAUAUGCGAGAACACUUGAAGCAUCUGGGCCCAUCAAAUUUAGCCAGCCGUCCCAAGUCGACCCGGUACAACACGGUCAAAAUCAAGUCUGCUUUGCUAGGUCGUUCGGAAUCUAGGACCGACUCUAGCAUCAUUGUUGAGCCCGUCGUCGAGGAGCCGUACCGUGAUAAUCCCAACCCCGCCCCGAACGGAGGCGAGGGCGAAGGUCUUUUGAAGAACGCCGGCAGAGAGGCCAGCGACGGAAUUAUUGCCCUGCAUCAAGGGUAUGGCUCGUUUGGCCCGAAUGCGCCUACUAGCCCUAGCAAGCUUUCACAGUUCCAGAGUACGGACGAGGUACCGAAUAACGAGAACGCGCCACUCCUCAGUUCCAGAAACCGAUCCUUAUCGCCUGUUCAAAAACAGGUGUCUAGGAAGGACAGCGACGACAGCCAGCGAAGCAGUGACACACUCGCUUCCCUGCAGUCGGCCGCCAGUGGCACGCAGCGAAAGAGAGGAGUUGCGCGGAGUGGCAGCAUCACAGAGAAUAUCAUCGAUUCGGGUGGCUUCCGGAAAGUCGUAUUAGAAACCAAUAGCUCGGGUGAUGAUGAUCGGAUGGGCUCCAAUGGCAGCGGCAAUGGCAGCAAUGGUAACCAUGGUAACAGCGCUGCCCAAAUACGCCCCAGUGCCCCAUCUGAUGCAUCUGAUGCGCAGGGCAAUUCGCACGACGAUCAUGAUGCUAAGGGCGAGCAGGCGAAGAAGAAGCGGAGGAGGACGCGGAAGAAGAAGGCGAAGACGGGCGGAGAGGAGGGUACUUCAGCUCAGGGUGGUAGCUGA